CUUGUGCAUUCUCGAAGUGAGUGCCUUUGCCCUUCCACAUCUCGUGAGCAGAGUCCUCCCCAUUCGAUCCGACCGAAGCGUCGCUGCACAACGCCCGCGAGAGGCCCGUGGGACAUUGGAGCAGAGAAUGUCGCGAUCAACGAUACCCGCAAAACGGUCCGCGGACACUCAGGAAGCAGCAUGGGUGGCGGAGGAAGAUCGCUUCGUUCUACAGCAGGCGAAGAAGAAAGCCGCGAUCCGCUUCAAGGCCGGUCGCGCACAGCCCAUCGACCUGCUGGCGGUGACCCUCGUCGCUCUCGACCCCGCGAAGAACCCGCUCGACGAUGAUCUUGAAGAUGCCGAUCUCGCCAUCCUGGAUCCGGAAGCGGUGUUUGAUUCGCUGAGUGACGCCCAGCUGAGCGAGCUGGAGCGAGGUAUCGACACAUACGUUGCCCUGGAAUCCAGCAGGAGUAAUCAAGAGUACUGGGGGAUGAUGAAGACCAUAGCCAGAGACCGACGACGUCAAUCUCAAACCACCCACUCAUCCGCACGCGGUGUCACCUCCGUCUCCUCGGACCUCGAUAAACUCCUUGCGCCCAAGACUUUGGCGGAACUUGAAAAGUUGGAAAAGCAGAUCAACGCAAAAUUAGCCUCGAACGAGCCCAUCGAUACAGACUACUGGGAGCAUCUGCUCAGUAGCCUGCUCACAUAUAAGGCAAAAGCGAAGCUACGUAAUGUCACACGAUCGAUUAUGGAGGCACGAUUAGGCGAGUUACGGAAUCAGCAGGCCGAGGCUGCUGCAGCGCUGGUGGCACGGUUGAAAACACAGACUGGUCAGGCGGAUAGUGGUGGAGACUCUGGGGCUGGGGAUGGUGGACAGCUCGACUCCGAACAGAGACACGUGUUGGAUCCCGAGCCGUUGCUUCGCUUGCGCCCGGAAGACAAAGCUCUGGAAUCAACGGACGCACAGACCUUCGCAGCAGAACUGGCCAGAGAGAGACGCGGUGUAUCCAAGCUGGCCUACGUCCCGAUGCAGAACCGAGCGGGUCGUGCUCCCACCGCCGGGGGGAGGGAGGUUGGAGUCAAGCGCGCCCGGACGGAGGACGAAAACGGGCCUGGCCAAGCCAGCACAUCGCUUUUCGACCGGGAAAUCGCACGCGGGCUCCACGACAACGAGGAGCUGUUCACCAACGAAGAAGAGGUCGAAACAAAGAACAGAUCUCAGUGGGCUCACCAACAUCGUCCCCGCAAGCCGCGGUACUUCAAUCGUGUCAUCAGCGGGUACGAAUGGAACAAGUACAAUCAAACGCACUACGACCACGAAAAUCCUCCGCCAAAGGUCGUGCAGGGCUACAAGUUCAACAUCUUCUACCCGGAUCUGGUGGACAACACACGAGCCCCGACAUAUCGAAUCGAGCGAGAGAACGGCAGGAAGCGGGGCCAGACCUUUGCACCAGCCGGCGAGAACGACACCUGCCUGAUUCGCUUCAUUGCCGGCCCGCCAUAUGAGGAUAUUGCCUUUCGGAUUGUAGAUCGCGAGUGGGACUUUUCUGCGAAACGUGAGCGGGGCUUUAAGAGCAGCUUCGAUAAGGUGAGUUGCUGUGUGGUACGUGUUGUUCGCCGAAGGUCUCGGCUGAUUGAUUUACAGGGUAUGCUGGUACUACACUUCCAGUUCAAAAAGAUAUACUACAGGAAGUAGCCUAAUUGGCUGCAGUGAGGUGCAUGCCUCUUGGUCUUCUUGAAUCGGUGCAACCGUCGUGCACAGCAGGAUAUCUUCCACCUUCCUUAUCGCCAUGGUCCACGCUCGUUUUUAGCAACACGGUGCCGAGGAGGACAAUACAGUAAAGCAAAGAACCUCUUGUAUCCCGUUGAAUCGCAGGGUGGAAUCGAGCUCAAGACGAUUCACAGCUUUACGAUACCAGCGCGUCGUCGAAUGCACGUGGGUACAA